GCUUCACACCGCAGCCCCCAAAAGAUACGACAACUUGAUGAAGGAAAAGCCAUGCUCAUUCGUCGUUUUAACACUCCUCGACCGGCGGCAGCGUACACGCGAAAUGUUUCCAUGAAGAAGCUCGUCAUGGAAUACGGCGCUCCAUUAGCCUUGUAUUAUUUCAUCACAAAUGAGCUGCUGGUGUGUGGCCUCACCUACUUGCUGCAUUACGGCUAUUUUGGCAAGGAGGAUCUGAUAGACUUUCUCGAAUCGGUGGGUGCUUCGAGGUACAUCAAUCUAAAGGCUGUCGAAGGUAAGAGCUGGUCAUUCUUCGAUGGUCGCGUAGCUGUUAGCGCUCGGUUGGUAGCGAAUUUUACUGCCGCCUCAGUUUUUAUGUCCUUAUGGACACCUCUCCAGGUUCCCGUUUGCAUCGCAACCUACCCUUUCAUCCGUCGCUCGGCACAAUGGAUUCUGCGAAAACUACCUGUAGCAAAGGCUACUGAAUAA